AUCGCAGCAGAUCCUGCGUCAAGCUGCGAGCCAGCAUAGGCAGUUGCAUCAAGAAAACAUAUCAGAUCUCAUUCAAGCUCUCUCACUCCUAUAACCUGCUACAAGGAGGCAACCAUGGGUUUGGAAUGUUGAGUCAAUGGCGAUAAUGACGCGUUCUCAAGGUUUACAAUUCUCUGUUUCCUUUACCCCGACAUGAUCGACUUAGGUCUAUCCCGGAUUACCCGACUUCUGGAGCCUCUCCUGUCAUCAAAGCUAUCAUGGCAUGCCGUUCACAUUGCCGGGACUAAUGGCAAGGGGUCGAUCGCUGCAUAUGUCUCGACCAUGCUUCGCCAUGCCAACGUUCGUGUGGGGAAAUUCACCUCCCCUCAUCUCAUUGAUCGCUGGGACUGCAUCGCGAUCAAUGGCAGGCCGGUCAGCGAGGGCUUGUUUCGAUCGGUCGAGGAUCUGGUCAUAGCGAGGAAUCGACAGGACGAGAUCCACGCAAGCGAGUUUGAGGUUCUCACUGCAACGGCUUUUGAGCUCUUCUCCCGCGAGCGAGUCCAAAUCGGCGUCAUCGAAUGUGGGAUGGGAGGCGCCAGGGAUGCCACGAAUGUGCUUCGUCCCGAGCAUGUGGCCGUCAGUGUCGUCGCCAAGAUAGGACUCGAUCAUCAGUCGUACUUAGGCAACACGAUUGACGAGAUUGCGAAAGAAAAGGCCGGGAUCCUCAAGCGAGGGGUUCCGUUUGUACUUGACUUUUCGAAUCCGUCGAGUGUCCUCCAGGUCAUCCGCAACGUCGGUCGCGAUGUUGGAGCUCGGGAUGCGGACGGCAUAAGCACACCGCAUCCGCCAUGGGAUCUGGACUUCCAAACCUAUCUCGAGCAAUCUCGACUUCCUGUGCACCAGCAGCAGAACCUUCGAUGUGCAUACGAGGCCGUGAAAUGCAUCUGGCCGAUGCUCGGCCUUGGACCGAUUCACGGACCAGAUCUGCUUCGUGUGUCGAGGUCGCUGUAUAUGCCAGGACGACUUCAGAAAGAGGACAUCUCGUCAAUCACGGGCAAGCACACGUUCGCGCUUGUGGACGGCGCUCACAACUCACAGUCAGCCGAUGCCUUGGCAGACCAUGUAGACUCCAACAUCCGAACCAGUGACGGAACCUCGGACCUGCGCCCAGUCACCUGGAUAUUGGCCUUCUCCCAAGGCAAGUCCAUUGCGACCAUAUUGAACCGACUGGUUCGUUCUAGAGAUCGCAUCAUCGCUGUGGAGUUCGGUCCUGUGGAUGGCAUGCCUUGGGUCCAACCCGUUCGACCCGAAGAUCUGGUUCACGAAGUCGUGGAGUUGCAUCCGGAUGUUCAUACGACGCUGUGCAGCCGAGAUCUGAAGCGUGCCAUGAUGCUUGCCAGCGAUCAAGCGGACUUGCCAAUCGUUAUUGCAGGCAGUUUGUAUCUCGUUGCUGACAUUAUGAGACUGCUGAAAGCUGAAGAUCCGAAUCAUCCUCUGAACGCAGCGGAUGAGUCUGCUUAAUUAUACCCUAUUCUCUCUGCGAUAUGGGAGCAGGUGCGGGUAGACGUCGCGAGGAGUGCAGAAAAGAAGUCUAGAGAAAGUCUCGAUCCUCUUUCAUUCCAGGACUUACUUGCUUCGGGAUAUCUUGUCGCUCCCUAUUCAUAGCGACUAAGAAGUUAGCUUAUCCCAAAGUUUAGCUUCAAUACAGCAAGUCUAUAGUCCGCGGUUCAAUCGUCAAGCGAUUUUUAUGUUAGGCUGUGCAUAUUCUCUCACGCACUUCUCCGG